GGUGAGCGCGCCUGUGCGCCGGGGGAGGGCGGUGGGGUCGCCUCUCCAGCUUCUGCAGGUCCUCGCGCUCCCGGGACGCAGCCGAGCGCGGAAAAAUGAGCGACGCGGCGGGAGAAGGCCCUCGCGUCCGGCGCUACCCCGAGCUCCCGGUGUGGGUGGUGGAGGAUCACCAGGAGGUUCUGCCGUUCAUAUACCGCGCCAUUGGCUCAAAACAUCUUCCUGACAGUAAUAUAAGUUUUGUGCAUUUUGAUUCACAUCCAGAUCUUCUUAUUCCUGUGAAUAUGCCAGCUGACACCGUGUUUGAUAAGGAAACUCUUUUUGGAGAAUUAAGUAUUGAGAACUGGAUUAUGCCUGCAGUUUAUGCUGGCCAUUUUUCCAAUGUCAUAUGGCUUCAUCCCACAUGGGCUCAGCAAAUCAGAGAGGGUACACAUCACUUUUUAGUAGGCAAAGACACUUCUACCACAACAAUCAGGGUAACAAGUACAGAUCACUACUUCCUAAGUGAUGGUCUUUAUGUAACUGAAGACCAGCUAGAGAACCAAAAACCUUUACAAUUGGAUGUAAUUAUGGUAAAGCCAUAUAAACUCUGUAACAAUCAAGAGGAAAACGAUGCAGUGUCUUCUGCUAAGAAACCAAAGCUAGCACGGGAAGACGCAGAACACACUGCCUCUACUAACUGUGCCUCUUGUUCAGAAGGAUUGGAAAAGGACACAGUGACCCAGAGAAGGGUCCACACCAGCCUGGAACCUUCAUGUUCACGUUCUUCUGAGAGCCAGGAAUGCCAGACUACAGUCAGCUCUGGAGACAUUCUGGAAAUUUUGAAGAAAGGGGAUGCAUUUGUUUUAGAUAUUGACUUAGAUUUUUUUUCAGUCAAGAAUCCCUUCAAAGAAAUGUUCACUCAGGAGGAAUACAAAAUCUUACAAGAGCUGUACCAAUUUAAAAAGCCUGGCACCAACCUGACAGAGGAAGAUUUGGUAGAUUGUGUUGAUACUCGAAUUCACCAAUUAGAAGAUCUAGAAGCUACUUUUGCUGAUUUGUGUGAUGGUGAUGAUGAAGAAACUGUAAAGAAAUGGGCUUCAAACCCUGGAAUGGAAUCACUAGUUCCACUUGUGCAGAGUUUGAAAAAACGGAUGGACGUGCCAGACUAUGAAAUGGUUCAUCAGGCUGGUCUAACCUGUGAUUAUUCAGAACUUCCUCACCAUAUCAGCACAGAACAAGAAAUUGAGUAUCUUAUUCAGUCUGUAUUUUAUUUACUGAAAAAUUUACCAAAACCUACUCUUGUAACAAUUGCAAGCCUAAAGGCUGGGAAGUCCAAGAUGAAGACACCAGCAGAUUCAGAGUUGUGGUCAAGUCUGGAUGAUUACUGUCCUUCUGAGCAAGUGGAUGCCAUUCAGGAAAAAGUCCUCAGUGUGCUCCGCUCCCUCUAUGGGACUCUAGACCUCCACCUGGUGUACUCAGCAGAGUCCUCUCCACCUUGAAACAGCAAAACACUGGACUCCUAUUACAUUGCGAUGUAGUAGCAGGUUUUCAUUAACUUAUUUGUAAAUGAGUCUUCCGGAAAACACUUUGUUUUUAUAUUAACUUUGACUUAAAAUCCUUCAGGUAUCGUCAGUUGUUGAAUGAUGGCAAUUUUGUUGGCAUCAAGACUUACCCCUGUUGCUUACCUUUCUUCCUUUCUGUAAUUAUCCUCACUUUUGUGAGGGUGUUUUGUUUUUCCUCUUUUCCCUUUUUCCUGUAAGUCGGUUAGACUGUAUGAGAUUCAUUAAUUCAUUGAUUUAUUCACUCAACUAGCUGACAUUUAUUGAGACAUGUGCCAGACAUAAUUCCGUGCUGGUGCUGGGUAUAUGGUAAUGAACAGAACAAACAUGGCCCUGCCCUUUUGAGGGACAGCUAAGAAACAAAUCAUGGAAGGACAGCCACAAACAUGGCCUUAUAGGAAAGUAAUAUUCUUAAAAGCUACUACCAAAAUAAUAAUAACAAUAAAACAAACUUGCCAGUUCAUGAAAAUUUUACAGGAAGUCUACCUCUCUAUGAGUGUUUGUUCUGUAGCCCAGCUCUUGCUAAAAAAGCUCUCAGCAUUGUUGGUUGAGGAGGUCUAUUUCAGUAAACUCAACCAAACAAAAAUUAACUCUAGUUUGCUAAUCAGAAAAGCCAUUCUGGAGUUUUGGCCUCCAUGAAGGUAAGUGUGAGCAUUGAUUGUCAUUAUAGUUCGUUCCUAAGUGCCACUUUAUUGGCAGUCUGGGUAGAUACUUUUUUCAAAUAAACCAGCUCUUUAUGUAAAUAGUAGGGAAGAAAUUUAAGUCCUUCCUUCUGGCCUACCAUAAAUACUGCCUUCCACCAGCCUCCCAUGAGUAAGAGAGUAAGAGAGCCUACCUGACUCGCUCUUACAGUAAUCGUGGAACUUUUCAUUUACUUAAUUGGCCAAAGUCUCCCCUUUAGUAUCCCUCAUGUUCAGUAAUCAUUUUUACCUACUUGAUUUCUUUUUCUUUAAAAGGUAGGAUGACAUUUAUAGAAGAAAAAAACCAUUAUUCCUCAGUCCUAACACAGUAGUUGUCUUCAUUUUUGCAUGUAACUUUCAGGCCUUGUGUACCUGUUGAGUUGCAUGUCACUAAAAUAGUGUUACCUAACUUAAUGGCCGGUAGCCACAGUCACAUUACCAUUACCACUCACUAGAUGGCACCAGAUCCCAUUUUUCCAAUGAUUCUGUUUUUCUUGUCACCAAGUUGAUUUUCCAAGGCUGAUAGUGUGAAUGCUUAUUUCUGUUGUGAAAAGCAAAGCAAACUGAUUUAACUUUCUAUUUUGGUAGAACAUUAUGUGCCAAAAAGUUUUAUUUCUCUGUAAGAUCAGAAUUGUAAGAUAGUGCUAUUUAUUUUUAAAUUUUUAUUAGAGUUCUGUAAACAGAUGUUACUUUUACGAGUAAAUUAAUUUUGUGUGCUAAAAGAAAUAAACAGGUGUGUAUUGAGGUUUUGAAAUUUUAAACCAAACUGUAGUGUUAAUUAAUUAUAUAUAAUUUCUGUGUGUUCAUAGCAUUGAUCUUAUGGGUCUGGUUUAGCUAGUAGUCAUUUAUUAUAAUUCCCAUGAACUGAUGUGAUUCAUCAUUGUUUUAACUCAGGUAGAACAAGAGGGCAUCAAUUUCCUUUUAGGGAUACUUGGAUUGUUUAGUUCUCAUGCUCUGUAAUUCUUUUAAAAGAAUAAAAUUCAGUCCCUACUUGUUGACUAAAACCAA